ACAGUUUACUUUUAUAGCUUAGUUUAUACUAACCGAGAUUAUUCUUAACCGAGGGUUUCCAAUAUAGACACAUCUGUACAAAAAACCUGUUAUGUCUAUUUUUUGAGAGGGAAAAAAUAAAAAUGUCUCAAUGAUAGGCGUCGGGGCAAAAACUCAUUUAGUUUCAAAUUACAUACUUGUAAACAUAUGAAAAGUGGCGUUUGUAGGAAAUACACGUCUUAUAUGGUGUUAAGAAACGAAAUAUUUAAGUACUAUUUACAUACAUUGUUACCAACAUGUUAAAAAAUUACAAUGUAUAUGGUGAUACUAGGAACAUAAUUUACGAAGACGAUCAGAGUAUCGUUUUUGAGGAAAAAUCACAUUCCCAAGGACCACUGCACCUUCUAGUGAUUCCUAAAAAGAAUAUAUCUGUAUUAUCUAAUGCGCUGACAGAUGAUAAGAAACUUUUAGGACAUCUUAUUCUCGUAGCAAAUAAAGUUGCUAUACGAAAGGGUUUCGAGGGAAACUCUUAUCAAAUCACAAUAAAUGAAAAUCUAAAAUCUGGAAAAUUAAAAUCUAUUCAUGUAAUUAGCAAAGUGUCUAAAGGAAUUCUGUGGCCGAUAACACCAAACUCCAGAUUGUAAAUAGGAAUAAUGCAGAUUACAAAUACUUUAGCAUUUUGGAAUAAUUUAAAAAUAAUAUUGCAAAACUAUAAAUAAUUUAGUAAAAAUAGUAUACAUUUAAACCAACUCAAAAUCAAAGAUCUAUUAUGGUGGAUUAAAGGUCUGAUAACCAUACGAUAAAUUCUUUAAAAAAAUAUAGAUCACGGUGAAGUUC